AUGUCUAAAGCUCCGGGAGCACGUCAGGGGGUUCUUUCUGACGCUCCCAAGGGUAUUAAUAAGACUCCAAAGAAAUCUAAGGCAGCUAUGCAUUUUGCAAAUGCAGCUCUUCCUCCUUUACCAAAAAUCGAAUAUCCAAAAACAUCUGGGUGUCUUUCUCCAGUAUCUAGGCCAUUAAAACCUCCUGAGGAGCUUCUACCAGACUAUAAUCCAGACAAUUCAUUUUCUCAAAUCGAACGCGUAACUCAACACAUUGGAAAAAUCGUUUCUAAUUACGAAGAAAAGAUGGAAGAUGAUUCCCAAAAGAUGCGUGCUGACUUUGACAUGCAAUUUGCCAGCAGUAUGCUUCAGCCAACAGAUAUUGUUAAACAAUCACAAAAAAUUGUUGACGAAUUACUCUCAAAGAAUCGAGAAUUGAAAGAAACACAGAAUAGCCUUAUGGAUGGCAUAUCACUCUGGCUCAAACAAGAAGAACAAACAUUACAAACAGCAACACAACCAAUAGAUGUUCCAAUUGUUGACGAUGAAGUAAUUCAAAAACUCGAUUCUAAUACUAAAAACGAAACAGCUCUCAAAGCUGUAUCAAUCCAUACUGAUAUUGUUUCAAAAUCAAUUAUGCAAAUACGCAAAUUAGAAAAUAAGAUCAUGGAACAAGAGCAGACGAUCAAAGCUCUCAAGGAAGAGAACGCCAAAAAGGUUAUUUCCGUACAAAGAAGGAUUGACAGCAAAUUAGAUGAAGCAACUAAGAAAGAACUCGACGAAGCAAAGAAAACAAUCGCAAGACUCGAAGCUACGAACAAAGAACAACAAGAAAGAAUAGAAAAACUUAUCGUUGAUUCAAUUCAAGUAAAUACAUCACGAAGCUCAAACAGUACAACACUUGCUGCUAAUUUCGAAGCAUCAGAAAAAGAUGUACUUAUCGAAAAACUUAAAAAAGAAAUCUCCGACCUUAAAGAAGAAAAUACAAAUGUAAAAACUACGGUUAGACUUACUCAGAACGAGAAAGAGUUUUUACAAUCUAGAAUUACAAGCUUAGAAGAACAAAUCAAGACAGAUAGAAAGAAAUUUGAUCUUCAAUUUCGUGAAUUAAUUAACGCAAACGCUGAUAAAUCAGGAAAAGCAGGAAAAGACACAGCUUCUCUCAAAAUGAUACAAACAUUACGUACAGAAAUCGGUGAAUUACAAGAAAAAAUGAACAAACAAAAGCAAGAAGAUCAACAGAAUCAAGAACUCGAAAUCCAAAGACUUAGGAACGAAUUUGAAGAGAGGGAAUUGACGUUCAAGCAGAAGAUGGCCUUGAAAUAUGCAAGCAAGAACCAUAGAGCUGAUUUUGAAGAUUUCAAAAAUAAUGAAAUGCAAUUACGCGAAAAUAUGAAGCGAGACCAUGACCUUGAAAUCGAAAAGCUCAAGAAUGACCACCAGGCUGAGAUGAAUUCCACGAUCGAGGACUUUACAGAGAGAUUAAACGAAAUGAAGAAGAAAUUAGACGAAGCAGAGAUGUCAAACGUCGACCAAGACACAGCCGCAAAGAUAGAGAAGAUAACCACGGACUACGAAAAGCGUGCAAUUCAGCUAGAAAGCGAUUUCAACCAAAGAAUGCAAAAUCAAAGGGAAGAAUUCGUCAGAUUCAAGGCCAAAAUCGAUAAAGACAUUGAAGAAAAGGACAACCUGAUACAACAACUCAGCGAACAAUUGAAGAAUUCCAAUUCCGAAGUAGAUAUGUACAAAUUAGCCAAAGACAAGACAGAACAAGAGCUAGCUGUGUACAAACAAUUGGAAUUGGAGAAGAGCGACCUCAUUAUUCCAGAAACAAACGAACUUCCUAAAGUAGAUAUCGCAGGAUUAGCUGGAGAGAUCAGACAAAGGGUCGAAUCGGAGUUCCUCAAGCAAAGAAUGGCCUUUGAAUCAGCACUUAAGAACAGAAUGUCGCAGCAAAGGUUAGAUCAAGAAAAAGAAUUUGAUCAGAAGCUUUCUGACCAAGAGAAAGAGUAUGAAACAAAGAUCUACAACAUGGAAACAGACUACAAAGACCAAAUUGCACAACUCAUGGGUCAAAUCGAUGGAAUGAAGAUGGCAGACAGAACAAACAAUUUACAAGCGCAAACAGCCGAAUUAGAUGCAAGAAUCAAAGCCCUAGAGAUAGAGAAAGAACAUCUCUUGCAACAGAACAAAGCUUUGGCCCAACAAAAUCUCGAUGAUGUCACUAAAGCUCAAAUCGACCAACUUUUGAUUGAAACUGAAGAAAAACAGAAAGAAAUUGACAAUCUCCAGAAACGGCUUAAAGAUUUGAAGGAAAGACAGAGAUAUGUAUCUCCUGUUACUCACGACAGACCAAUUCUUCUAACAAAGAAUGCUGUUUCUCACAUGUAUUUCGAUAAUUCUCGUGAUGUUGUCAAAAAAGAUCUUUCUGUCAAAACCGAAAUUUGUCUUUCAAUGCCUCCAACUAAAGAAAUCGAUUCAUCGAAACUACCACCUACGCUGAUCAACCAAUUAUCCAAUACUGAUCCUCCUUUGCUACAAGACGCAGAGACAAUAACAAACAACACUCAUUUCCAACAGUUGAGAAUUUGUUUGGACAGAUCAGAAGGAUACGUUUUCGUGGAAGUACCAGAAAACAAAGGAAAAUCCGAAGAAUCAACAGCAAGAUCUGCUUAUACUCUUUCAAGAAGAUUCUCUCUCAUUUUGUCACAACCUAAUAUACACUUGGAUGGUGAAACAAACUCUUCUUCAACUGAGGAAUUACCUAUUAUAAAUAGUAGUAAACCAAGAAGAAACAAAGAACAAUUAAGAAUUUCUAUAAACGAAGAAAAAGGUUCUAUUGUUAUAGAAAAACCAGAAAUUAUUCCUCCACCUAAUAUUGUACACACAGAAAUUGUUGAUGGACAGACACAGAAGACAAUCAGGCCACAGAACUCUUCAAUUCUUAUAAUGGCUGAAUCAAAAGAUUCAAUAAAUAUCGAUGAACAAAGUGAAACAACACAAACUGAUGUCCAAACAAACGAACCUGUUGAGACAAAUAAGCUGAGGAAACAGAUUGCUAUUAGUGAUUCAUCGAAUUCGAUUAAUAUCAAGUUGAAGACGAAUGAUUUGACAUUUACAAGUGAAGGAACAGUUUCUAUUUCUCCACAAAAAGAAAACAAACAAAUUGAGAAAAUUCCAGAAGUCAAAUCUGACAGACAAAUUAAAACUCCUGAAUUGGAAAAUCCAAUUCCAUUCAACUCUUUGCAGUUGAGGCCUUUGCAAUCUUCUGUAGAAGUAUUCGAUCUAGGUAAAGAAGCUAAUGAAAGAUUCGCAAGAAGACAACAAAUAGAAAGAAUAAGAAAAAUGGUUAAAAUUCAUACAGUUCAAGCAAGUGUUGAACCAAAAAUUGAUGUCGAAGUUAAUGAAAAAAGUGACACAAAUGAAGGUCACUUCACCAAGGUUUAUACAAACAUUCUUCAGCAUUACGACAAUGUUGAUGUUUCUCCAGCAUCAAGAGCAAACAUCAGUUGCCAGAUUGAUAUAAUUGAAACUCCAAAACACAAGAUUUUGAAGUUUAUUCCUCCUAUGGAAAUCUUUUCGCUUUUGUUGAACGAAAUCAGUCCAGAACAACCUCCUGAAGUAUAUCCAGCAGAACAAGUAACAAGCGUUCCUAAGACAGAAGUCCUCAAGCUUGUUACAGCUGCAGGAGAUGUCAUAGAAUUCCCUCCACGACCUUUGCUGAGUCUUUCUGACGACAAAAACGUCAUCGAUGUCGGUCAAAAUAUUGUUGCAAAAGAGGCGAAAACAAUUGGAAAGAACUUAGAACUUGUUAUGUCUGAGAUGCAGUCAAUACAAGAAGAAUUAGACACAACAAAGAAGGAUCAAAUGAUGAAUACUUUAGGAAAACAACUCGACAUCGAAAAAGACAAUUUAAUUUCACAACUCAAAGAAAGAGUUACUGAAUUGGAACAGCUCCAAAAGAAGAAGAUCUCUUUGCAAACUUCCAAAUCAAGUAUCCUUCAAAUCCAAGAAAAAUCUGAAGAAAAAUUUGAAGAAAAAACCGAAGAAAAAAGUGACAAAAUUAAUGAAAAUGAAAAUGAUGAUGACAAGAAAUCUGUAACAUCCAAGAAGCUGGAAUUAUCAACAACAAUGAGUGUUGCUGAAGAAGAACCAGCGAAACAAGUAUUAGAAAUCAAUCCUGUUAUGGAAAUUUCGAGAAAUGAAGAAGUUACAAGUUUGGCAUCAGAAAUACAAUGGACAUACGAUAAGAAUGAGAAAGGAAUGCCAACAUUGAGUGUUAACCAAACAGAAGAAAUCUUUAUUUCAGCGGAACCACCUCCACAACCUAAAUCCAAACGAGUAACUGUAUCUUUGUCGAAGAAUAACAACGACGAACUCAGAAAACAACAAGAAGAAAUUGAUAAAUUAAAGCGUAAAAUUGAAGAACUUCAAAACGCUAAAACUCCACAACAAAUGAAACAAGUUGUUGGAGAUAUCAAUGAUUCAUUACAAGUUGUUGAAGAAAACGCUGAUGAACAAUCAAACAAGUUAAUCCAAUUGACAGGAACAAGAAACAAGAACAAAUCUAGUUUAACUGUUUCAACAGGAUUAAACACUGUAAUGAAAGAUGCAGAAAUGAUUUCAACAGAUGCUUUUGAUGCAUUUGAAGAAAGUAAAAACUGUUCAUUGGAAGCAGCAAAACAACUCAACUCAACAAUCGAAGAUUUCUCAAAGAAGAUUGGUUCAGAAGGUGCUACACCUACAGAACAAGUCCAAUUAGUGAAGAAAGUUAAAGAUAUCGCUGCUGUUAUCGGAAAAACUCCUGAAGCUCCUUCAAAAACUGACAUCAAAGAAUUAUAUGCCAAGGCUUUGGAAGAAAUCAAGCGUCAGGAAGAUCUGGUAGACAGUUUGAGACGAGAGAUUGUUAACUUGAAACAAUUCUCUUCUGAUUCUUCAGCGUUUGUAAAAGUACAACAAGUUGAAAAAGAAUUAAACGGAUUAUUCGAAAACAGAUCACAAGAAAACAACUUGUUUAGUAAUUAUCAAGAUGCAGCAACAUAUAUAAGAUCUAUGGCUGAUCAGAUAAAGAAUGAUGGAUCAGUUGCUUCUGCUGGAGCAACAUCUGAAGUUGAGCAAUUAAAGAAAUUGAUGAAUCAAGGUCAACCACAGUGGUUUACUAUCAAAGAUUUGCUGGGAAAGAUAAGAGAGAAGAUGGCUAAAGACAUACAGAAAUCAUUGAAUGAAGAAUUGAUACAUGAUCUAACACAAAAACUCGAUGAAUUAACCAAAGAAAAUGAUGAUUUACACAAGGAAAGAAUACAAACAGAAAGAGACAGAAAAAUGGAAAGAGAAAAAGCAAGAAUCGAAUACCAAAAACUCAAUGAAUUGUAUAAAAACGCUCAAAACUAUAAUGAACUAUUACUUAAGAUACAACCAAAGGAUAGUUCUACACCUAAUGUUAAUGAUGACGAGAAAGAAAUAUACGACAAACUCCAAGAAAGUCAGAUAAAAGAGAAACAAUAUUUAGAGCAAUUGCAAGAGAAAAUUGAACAAAAUUCUAAAUUGCAACAAGAAAAUUUGAGACUAGAAGGAGUUUUGAAACAACAAGAAGAGUCAUUCAACAAGUUAUUCCAGCAAUCUGCAGAUAACCAAGCAGACAAACUGAUGGCAGGAAUCAGAUUGGAAGAACUCCUCAAAGAAGAUGAAAUUUUGAGAAAGAAGAUUUUGGUUUUGGAAGGAAUAAGAGAAGAUUUGAACAAACAAAUUGGAGAAUUCACUUCUAAACUUGGUGAUUCACAAGACAUAAUCAACAAAUUACGUUCUGAUAUCAUUAAACUACAAGAUCAACUAGUAAAUCAAGAUGUUGCUGGCCAAAAGAAGAUUGUCGAAGAAUUAAAGAUGGAUCCGAAAACAGAAGGUUCAAGGAUGGUCAGACUUUAUCAAAGUAAAAUGGACAACAUGCAACAACUCUUAGAAAGCAGAGGAAGAGAGAUAAUUCAGCUUGGUUUCAGAAGAGCAAAUGACCAGAAAGAAAUGUUAUUAUUAAAGGCAGAAAUCAACAGAUUAAAGAGAGAACUCAAGUUCCAAUCAAUGAGAUACAACACCUCCAAAGAAGAUGCAGAGUUCGCAAGGAAAUCAAUCGCAAUGAGAGAUGAAGUAAUAAGAGAACAAAAACGUGAAAUUGCAAGGUUAAGAUCAUUAAUUGAAAGAUUCGUCGCAAUGAAACAAAUACAAGCUUUGGAUUCUAAAGAAGGAGAAUCAUUAAUUAACGAAGUUCUCUCUUCAAGAGGAAGACUUAAAUACGCGGCUUUGAUCGCAAAGAGGAACCAAAACAAACCAAGUUUCUCGAAAUACGAUUCUUUGCUUCAGAGAGACAGACAACAUUAUAUAAACGCGGAAGCAAAGAGAAGAGAAUUCCAAGAGAGACAAGAGAAACAGAACAUGAGAAUUCUUCAAGACGUUGCUUUGUUGGCAAGAGAAAACGAACUCACAAUUCCAGAAACAGUUGUGAUGCAGAUGAUGCCAAAACCAAAGCCUUCUACAAAGAUUUCCGCUCAACAGGCAAAGAAAGAAUACGUACAGAUGACAGCAAAAGAAGUAGAUGAGAUGCUUAAAGCAGAUUUCCCGAAGCCAAUCAACGAAUCAAAAUUCCAGAAAGAACCUUCUUACGCAGACAGACUCAGAGCAAUUGGAGAAAACCAGGACAAAUACCCUCCUGAAGUUGUUAGAUCGAUGCUUGUUGCUGCAAGACAUGGAAAAGUUGUUGUACCUGCAAGUACUUUCAACAAAGAAAAGGCAUUCCCUGUUAUAACAGGAAAACAGUUGUCUACAAAGUAA